GACGACGCGUUUGACAAAGCUCCGUCCUCGACUCCUCCUCUCAAAACUAUCCGACAAAAAAAGAGAAAGAACCCUAAUUUUUCUGUCAAAUCCCAAAAAGAUCUGUCUCUCUUCUCAGGCUAUUCUGUUGCUUACCUCCUCCUUCAAAUUCGGAUGAUUCCACAUUUCGAAGCUGCAGAUAAUAACCGAGAGAGGGCUCCUCUUCUCCUUUCAUGUCUUCUCAAGUCGCUGACUUUCAUAAUGGGCCUCAAACCCUAGCUUCUGUUUCCGCUUUUGAAUCUUCUCAAACUUCUUUCAUCUUGGAUCUCCCUUUCAAGCCCUUGUCCUGCUCUUCAACUUCUUCUCCGUCGUCUUGUGUAUGCCAAAUAUGACUACUGAUAAGAAGGUAUUUGUGUUUGGAUCCUUUACAGAACAUGAAACAAGGUCACUACUUGAUCAGAAACCCAUUAAAGCUCCUCAAAGUCAUAAAGAAAAGUCCGUAAAGAGUAUACAAUUCGGCUCCUUUAAUCCUGUCACCGAAAAUUCUCCAGUUAACAGCGCUAAUGGCGAGUUGAAGAAGGGUCAAACUGAUGAGGCAGUUAAAUCUCGACCCUCCAGCUCUCAUAAGGAAGAUAAAAGUUUUCAAUCUGCUGAGUCUCAAAAGAGCCUUGAUGCUUCUAGACCUCCCAGCUCCGAUAAGAUCAGUGAUAAUGCUGCAAAACUCUCUGGAAAACACUCUUCAGGAGAGCAUGUGGAAGAAAAUGGAAUAACUAAAGAAGUUUCUGAAAGAAAACCACCUCUCAACAACGGUCUGGCGGUAAAGGAAGCAGAUCCCAUUGGUUUGGAGAAGCUGUGUUUGUCAGAUGGUGAAAGUGAUUCUUUGUGUAUAGCUUCUACCUCAAAAUUCCAAGCUCUGGACACCGAUAUUUUGUCAAAUGAUUCUUCAUCUGGCACCACCAUACCAAGAAAGAACAUCCGGAUGGUUCCUACUGAACCUGUUCCAGCCAUGAAAGAUUUUACACCAAGAGGAUUAAUAAACGCUGGAAACUUGUGCUUCCUCAACGCAACACUGCAGGCUUUACUCUCCUGUUCUCCUUUUGUGCAGCUCCUCCAGGGAAUACAACUCCAAGAUAUUCCAAAGGCUGAGUCUCCAACUUUAGCUGCAUUUUCUGAGUUCAUCUCUGAGUUAGAUGUGCCAAGCAGUUCAAGCUUCAGAAAUAACGUCGCAGUUGUUGAGUCUGGUAGACCUUUUACACCUGCCAUGUUUGAAAGGGUGCUUAGAAACUUUACCCCAGAUGUACUCAACAACAUGUCUGGCCGCCCAAGGCAGGAAGAUGCUCAGGAAUUUUUGAGCUUUAUAAUGGACCAAAUGCACGAUGAGCUGCUGAAACUCAGGGAAGUGUCCCCCAAACUCACUGCUUCGAAGUCCUCUGUUGUUUCUUCUGCCAACGAUGAUGAUGAAUGGGAGACAGUUGGACCCAAAAACAAGUCUGCUGUGACAAGAACACAAAGCUUUGUUCCUUCGCAGCUCAGUGAUAUAUUCGGUGGGCAGCUAAGAAGCGUUGUGAAGGCAAAAGGGAACAAAGAUUCUGCUACUGUACAGCCAUAUCUCUUACUUCACCUUGAUAUCCACCCAGAAGCUGUUAGUACAAUAGAAGAUGCGUUGCAUUUGUUUUCUGCCCCAGAAGAUCUUGAAGGAUAUCGAGCUUCGGUUACUGGGAAGGCUGGUGUAGUGAGUGCUAGAAAGUCAAUAAAGAUACAGAAACUCUCAAAGAUAAUGAUACUGCACCUUAUGCGUUUUAGCUAUGGAAACCAAGGGAGUACUAAGCUCCAUAAACGUGUUCACUUUCCCCUCGAUCUCAACCUAGGCCGCUACCUUCUUGUUUCUCCUUCCAACGGGGGGUUAAAAUAUGAACUUGUGGCAACCAUUACCCACCACGGAAGGGAUCCUUCAAAAGGGCACUACACCACAGAUGCUAGACGAAAGAACAAUCAAUGGCUUAGGUUUGAUGAUGCGUCUGUGACUGCCAUAGGGACAAAACAGGUUUUGCACGACCAAGCUUAUGUUCUGUUCUACAAACAAGUGUAAGAGAAUCAAAAGCAAAUCUAUUUACGUGGUCGGGGAAAAGAGAGUAACAUUGUUUCUCCUUAUAAAAACUUUGAAGAGCAACAUCUCAAUAGGUAAAUAGUUUUAGAGUACCUGGUUUACAUGAAAGUUUUGUUUUGGUUCCUUUGAGAUGGGAGUGUUUUUAUUGUGAUUCAAACGUUUAUUAUUAUUACUUCAUAGACCUGUAUUCAGAAAUUAUUGAUUUAUGCUGCUUAGUUUCUUGUUAUUGAUGCUAGAACCAAAUCAAAGUUGUAGCAAUUAAUAGAUAAACUGGUUUAAAGA